AUUAUUUUUGCAGAGGUUUGCAAGUUAACGUUACGUUGUUUGGAGAUAUUGCAUACCAGUUAAUUUCUUAUCUUGAAGCUCAUAAAGAAGUUGGUCGUGUGAUUGUCCUUUUGCAAUUUGCAAGAAUUAAUGUCUAUAACGGUAAAUUUUUUAUACCAAUCAACCUUAUUUUAGUCUUUUAUAUUACUCAUUCUAUUUACUAUUUUAUUUUGUUUCAUCGGCAACACCUUCUGUUAACAGUUAUUUUGAACAAACACGGAUGUUCAUAAAUGCUAAUCUUCCCGAAAUUGUUACAUUCACAGAUAGCUUGGUUGGAUUACGAGGACUUCAAAACCCUUCUGCUUCUUUGACUGUUGAAAGCUCUAAAUCAUAUUCGGAAUCUGAUGACUUUUUGAAUAAUUACAAAGUUAAAAAUGUUUUCGAUUUGAUAGAACCACAAGAGGUCGGCCAAUAUAUCAUUGUCGGGACCAUUUAUGGUAUUCGCCAAGAUAUUGAUUGGUAUUAUGAUGCGUGUACAAACUGUGGAAAGAAAGUUGAAACAGAAGAUGUGUUCAGUGGUCCAGAUAAUGGUGAUGCAAGUGUCAUUUUAAAAUGCAAUGGUGAUAAUUGUAAAAAUAAGAAGAUCUCUUCUGUUCCAAGGUACAAAAUACCUAUUCGUGUGCAAGAUGAUUCUGGAACAAUCACUCUAACUCUCUUCGAUAGAGAUGCUUAUAGAAUCGUCAAAAAACACGCACGUGAUCUUAUAGAUAAAAUCAAACAGGCUGGGGAUAAUCCAAGAUUAUAUCUUUAUGACCUCAAAUGUUUGGAGUAUAAAAAGAUGGCUUUUAAGAUAGAUGUUAAUAGUUUUAAUGUAUCCAAUAACUACAAUCGGUUUGGGAUACUUGGCUAUACGGUUGAUAGUAACGUUAUCGAUGCUUUGGAAAAAAAGUUAGCUGUCGAGGUAGGUAGUCCUGCAAAUGUUGAUGAUACAGAAAUCGCAUCUCAUGAAGUAUCUCAAGAAACAAAGUCCUUAAAGGAUGUGAUAUCGCAAACAGGUGAUAAUUUGACCCCAACAUUGCCUGACAAAUUUGAAGCUACAAGUCCGUUCAAGUAUAAUUCCCCAACAAUAGUAAAAAAAAACGAAAUGUUGGAGAUACCAUUGAUGUUGAUGAUUAUGAUAAUGUGAAUUCAUCCACCAAGGUCCCUCGAUUGAAUUCCAAAGUUGAUGGCAACACAGGUCUAUUAAUACCAAAGCUUG